AUGGUCGGGACUACAUUAUUUUUCAAGCAACGUGUAUUGCGUGUGGUACCAAGCAUUUCUAAAUAUGUCCGUAUAAGGGCAUUGCAUUCAUCUCGAGUUCUAAGUGCAGUAUUGGGACCUGAUGGGAAGCCAAUUGUCAGAGAUCUGAACAGAUUGAAAACAACUCUUGGGCAUACGAAUGUCAAUGGUGAACCUAAAUUGAAUAUUGGUCAUAGAUUUUCAAGUAAGAAUGUGAAAAUUGAUCCAUCUAGUGUGUCUGCUUCGGAGAAAAGUAGGCAUUUAUCGAAUAUUAUUGAAAACCUCAUUAAAGCUACAGGUCCGAUUCCGAUUUCCAGCUAUAUGAAAGAAUGCCUUAUAAAUCCCAAUUAUGGUUACUACACUACGAGAAACCCAUUGGAUACCAAAACGGGUGAUUUCAUAACUUCCCCAGAGAUCAGUUCUACCUUUGGAGAAAUGUGUGCAUUGUGGUUUUUCAGCAACUUCAUAAAUCAAUUGCAUUACCAGGCAACCUACAAUAGGGAGGCUUUUAAGAUAAAGGAUAAAAAAUUCAGAUUUAUCGAAUACGGCCCGGGAAGGGGAACAUUGAUGUACGAUAUGCUUCGAAUUCUUAACUGUUUUAUUGCUGCCAACAAUCCGAUCGAGGUUGUGUUUGUAGAGAAGUCUGAGAUCUUGAUUAAUGAGCAGUAUAAUGCUAUUUGUGAUCCUGCCAAGGCCAAGCUUGAAACAAUCGAUAAAUUUACUUAUAGAUCUCAUAGUAAAUGGGGCAAUCGUGUAAUAUGGCUAAAAGAUGAUAAGCUUGAGUUUGGCUCCGACAAGAAUUAUAUGAACUUCGUUAUCGCUCACGAAUUCUUUGACGCACUCCCAAUUAAUAGGUUUGUGAAGACAGAUAAAGGUUGGAGAGAGUGUCUUGUGGAUCUCAAAAAAAGAUAUAGGAAGGAUGCUAUCUUGCCCAAUGUAGAGCAUGCUACGUCAUCUUCUAUUGAUAAAAGCUCAGAAGAUACGCCAGAGUUUGUCAUUGUUGAGUCCACACAUGAAACUCCAAGUUCUGCAAUUCCAAGAGCAAACCCUCGAUUUGAUAACCUAAUUGUUGGUUCUAAAGUAGAAAUAUGUCCAGAUGCCCAUUCAUAUAUGUAUGAAAUGGCAGACAUAGUUAAACGCGGGGAUAUAGGAGCAGGCUUAGUUAUAGAUUACGGUAAAGCAACCAUCCCUAUAGAAACAUUGAGAGGAAUACGCAAUCAGAAGUUUGUCGAUCCCAUGAGUCAUCCUGGAGAAGUAGAUCUUUCUGCAGAUGUCGAUUUCAGUGAUCUCAGCCAUUUAUUAAGUCAUGAAAAAGGUAUGUUAUCCAAAUUUGCGGAUCAGGGCGAUUGGCUUAACAAUAUGGGGCUUGGAUAUCGUAUUGACCAACUUGUUGAUGCCCAUAAGAAUGACGACAAUUUGAAAGCAAAGAUUGUUGACUCCUAUAAGAGGUUGACAAGUAAAGGCUUCCGUGAAAUGGGAAAAGUGUACAAGGUUCUGGGUUUUUACGAUAGCAAGUAUUCGAAAUUGCCAUGUCCGGGAUUCGAAACGCCAAAGGCACAGAAGUAG